AUGAUCCGUACCCGCAAAGCGCUCGAAGAAUCCAUAAGCGAGGACCCCGAUAAAUACCGAUUUUCCAAACCGAUCAACGAUAUCGUCCAGGAGGAGGACAUCAUGCCUGCACUGCGAUCGGAGAGGGAGCUUGCAAAUGAUGGAGAUUUGCGUCGCUUCGAGUUCAUUGUUGGAAUCGCAACAGAAAGAGUUGCCAAAAUAAACCACCUGUCUGAUCCCUUUCGAGCUGUCGAUAAUUUUGUCAAGGAACUGCCUUCCUUGCCGACCCAGGCGAGCGUUUGA